AUGGCUAUACUUAUUUCAGGUACCAACGGGAACCACUUUUUUAUAAAAGUUGUACAUCAUAUUAAAAACUAUAUUAAGGACAUUAGUUCUAAGAACGAUAAAGAAGCACUAAGGAAUAAUUGUCUAUAUUUGGCUAAAUAUCUCAUAGACCAUAGUACUCCACCUCCUUAUUAUAUAACACAAAAAGAAUUAUGGAAAAAUGUACUAUACGAAUGGUUAAGUCCUGAUUAUAAAAAGUUAGAUGAACUAGGAGGAUGUCCUGUGAUUAUGGAUAAAAAACAUUUAGAGAUUUUAGAAUUAAAAUAUGACAUAGAUGAUUUUUGUAAAAAAAGAAAUAGUUACCUAAAUGAUUUAAAACAGUUAAAUCAAAAAAAUAGUUAUGAUAGCACUUAUUCACAGAAAUGCAACGAAUAUAAUAUAUGGAUUGAAAAUAGAGAUAUUUAUUUUAGGACAAAACAAAACCUUAUUGAAUCGUGUUACAAAAUAAACGAAAAACAACAAGGUAAAAAAAAUAUAUGCAAUAUAAUGGAUCCUAACACUUUUAAUAAACAGUCUGUAUGUAGAUCCUUUCAUUUAGUAACAUCUGAAAAAAGUCCAUCUAAAAAAGAAAAUAAAGAUUCACUACUAGGUGAAAAUACACAUAAUAGUGAAUUUACAAGUCAGGUUCAAAGCAAAAAAGCUAUACAAGAAACUGAAACUCAACCUAAUUCUCAAAUUCAAUCUCAACUGCAAACUAAUCCCGAAAAAAUAUCGCAAAAUGAACCUCACAUUCAAUCUCAAACAACAUUAACUCCUGAAUAUACACCAAAGGAAAAUAAAUUUGGUUAUAAUGGUGCACAAUUUACUCACGUUGAAGUAUUACAAGACUCUAAAUGUUUAGUUCCUUCAGAUUCAGAAUGUUCUCCUGAAUCUGUAGUAUCUACAAAAUCUGAUAUCUCGCGAGAAACCCAUGAUUUUCAAAUUGUAUCUCCGUCAUCUGGUAAAACAAAUAAUGAUACACAAUUUCCUGCUGUUAUUACACCAUCUAAAAUUCCAGGAAGAUCUAAAAAAAAAAGAACAAGAAGACAAGCGAAAUUUCUGAAAAUACUAACAUCUUCAUAUUCUUGCGCAAAAAACGAAUUUGUAAAACAUGAUAAGAUGGAAUAUACAUUAUAUGAUGAUGAAGAGUUCACAAAAAAAAUAAAAAUACUUCAACAUAACAAGAAUAAUAAUAUAAACGCAUCAAAGCAAAACAAACAUAGAUACAAAACUAUCAUAGAAGUACAUAUGCAAAUACUCGAAGAAUACAGAAAUGAAGAAUGGGAGUACAUAAAAGGAGAAUUUUUAGAAAUAUGCUUAGAAUUGUUAACAAAAGUGGAACACAAAACAUAUUCUUAUUUGACUAAUGACGAACUAAUAAUGGGAAAUACAAAAAGUAUUAAUCAAAAAGGAAAACAAAAAAUAUUAUGGAAUAAAUGGAUAGAAAAACAUCAAAAUCUUGCUGACAAAUUGAAAAAGGAACAUUGGUUUAAUAAUUUAAAAAAUGAUUGGAAAAGAGAACUAGAUAACUUAAAAAAAAGAGAAGAAUUAAAAAAUGAUCCUGAUGAAAUUCAAAAUAUUCCAUUUUCACAAAGAGAAAAAGAUAUAUGGAGACAGUGGAUAUUGGAAAAUUGUAUAAUUAUUAAGCAAUAUAUUAAACAGCACUUAUUUAACUAUUUGACUGAUGAACUCCAGAUUAUACCAGAUGAACAUGAUAAUGAAAAAAUUAAAGAUUCUUUGCUAUUAAUUAAUAUAGGAGAAUUAUCGAACAAAGAAAACUGCCAAGAAUUAUAUAAAUAUAUAAAAAAAAAAUUAUUAACAAAACUGUGUAUCCUCGUUCUUAUGUCAGUAUUAGAAGAAUGCAAAAAAGAGCAGGACAUUGAAAAUAAUGAAUCACAUUUGGAUAAUUACAUAAUUAAAUUUAAGGAAAAAGAAAAUUCAGAUAGUAAAAAAGAAUUUAUAGAAAACAUAAGUGACUUUAACCGAAAUUUUUUGGGAAAUAUGGAAAAUCCUGAUUAUACAACAGACGAUAGCUUUAGGAAAGAGAUAGAAAAUUGGAUAAUAGGAGAUAAUACAAAUGCAAAUUCUAUGGAAAAGUAG